UCCCGUCCAGGGCUUGAAAGCCAACAGGGGCUGUGGUGCUGGGGAGAGCAGGGCAGGACCAUCUGCUUCCCUUUCUCUAGUGACUCCUGUCCCCAGGCCCCUGGGCCAGCUGUGGGGCUCAGAAGCAAGCUCUGCAUCACUUCCCAAGUGUCCACUGUGAGCCAUGAACUGUGCUUACCCUUUGCACAUGGCAUCCCGAGGGUGCACAGCGUCACAUCCCAGGCUUCAACAUGAUGAGAGGGAGGCUGGAAGAAGGGCUGUGCUGCCCACACUGCUCGCCAAGGACACGCCAAGGCCACCCAGCCAGGGUGGGGCCGGCUCAGUGGGGGCGUGUGACUGGAGGGCAGAGCAAGCGAGGAAGAUGUCGAACCCAGGCAUCAACGGCGACCCCAAGCCUCCAUGCUUACCUCGCAAUGGCCUGGUGAAGCUGCCGGGCCAGCCCAAUGGCCUGGGCGCAGCCAGCAUCACCAAGGGCACGCCAGCUGCCAAGAACCGCCCCUGCCAGCCGCCGCCCCCACCCAGCCUCCCACUGCCCAGCCUGGCUGCCCCGUUGCCCCGGGCUGCGCUGGCCGGGGGUCUGUGCCCACCAGCAGGGCUCCCCCUUGGCGGACCAGCCUCAGCCCCAGUGCCCGGGCCCCAGGCGGAGCGGCCGCCACUGGCCACAGAUGAAAAGAUCCUCAACGGCCUCUUCUGGUACUUCUCGGCCUGUGAGAAGUGCGUGCUGGCCCAGGUGUGCAAGGCCUGGCGGCGUGUGCUCUACCAGCCCAAGUUCUGGGCAGGCCUCACACCAGUGCUGCAUGCCAAGGAGCUCUACAAUGUGCUGCCUGGUGGCGAGAAGGAGUUUGUGAACCUGCAGGGCUUCGCUGCGCGUGGCUUUGAGGGUUUCUGCCUGGUGGGCGUCUCUGACCUGGACAUCUGCGAGUUCAUUGACAACUACGCCCUCUCCAAGAAGGGCGUCAAGGCCAUGAGCCUCAAGCGCUCCACCAUUACCGACGCUGGCCUGGAGGACCUGGACUCUCACCAUCCAGUCAUUAACACCACUGCUCUGACCACCUGCUCCGACCAGGCUGUGGGCUCCCAGGUGAUGCUGGAGCAGAUGCAGGGUGUAGUGCGCCUGGAGCUGUCUGGCUGCAACGACUUCACGGAGGCGGGGCUGUGGUCCAGCCUGAGCGCCCGCAUCACCUCCCUCAGUGUGAGCGACUGCAUCAACGUGGCGGACGAUGCCAUCGCGGCCAUCUCUCAGCUGCUGCCCAACCUGGCUGAGCUGAGCUUGCAGGCCUACCACGUGACGGACACAGCGCUGGCCUACUUCACCGCGCGCCAGGGCCACAGCACGCACACGCUGCGCCUGCUCUCCUGCUGGGAGAUCACCAACCACGGUGUGGUCAACGUGGUGCACAGCCUACCCAACCUCACUGCACUCAGCCUCUCCGGCUGCUCCAAGGUCACCGAUGACGGUGUUGAGCUCGUGGCCGAGAACCUUCGCAAGCUACGCAGCCUUGACCUCUCCUGGUGCCCACGCAUUACUGACAUGGCGCUUGAGUAUGUGGCCUGCGACCUGCACCGCCUGGAGGAGCUUGUACUAGACAGGUGCGUGCGCAUCACGGACACUGGCCUCAGCUAUUUGUCCACCAUGUCGUCCCUCCGCAGCCUCUAUCUGCGAUGGUGCUGCCAGGUGCAGGACUUCGGGCUGAAGCACCUCCUGGCCAUGAGGAGUUUGCGUCUCCUGUCCCUGGCAGGCUGUCCGCUUCUGACAACCACCGGGCUGUCGGGCCUGGUGCAGCUGCAGGAGCUGGAGGAGCUGGAGCUGACGAACUGCCCCGGGGCCACCCCCGAGCUCUUCAAGUACUUCGCGCAGCACCUGCCCCGCUGCCUCGUCAUCGAGUAGCGCGGACUCGGCCCCCUCGGAGGGACCCGCCGCGCUCUGGGCAGGGCCUGCGCACGCACGCACGCACACUCGGGGACUCCGCAUGCCCCUCGUGCCCGCACUGCACGCCCGCCCUUCACCGCACCGCAGCCACCUCCAUCGUUCGCCCGCCCGCUGGCGGGGCGGUCCUGGGGGGCGUUUUGUUCUCGCCCAACGCCGCCCUUUCCACCUUCCCCGCCACACCCCGCUCUGUGCCCCGCCGUCCCCCCAUCCCGGGCAGGGCCCAGGGGGAUUGCGGGGAGCUAGGUCUCCCACGAUCCAGGGGCCCGGAGGAGCCUCGGGGGCUUCCCGCGUCUUCCACCGCACCGCGCCUGGAGCCCUACAAGGGCCUGAGGGAAAACAGGCCACCGCGAAAGCCAUGGCCCUCCGAGGUGCCCGAGUCCCACUCACCCUUCCCCACCUCAUGCCAGCCUAACCCAAAACCUCCCUUCUUUCUUGCCACUGUGUAGGACAGUCCCUUGCCCCAUCCCCACCCGCAGCCCUAUAGGUCCUUGGGUCCUGACCAGGACUAGGGCAGGUUUGGGAGAGGGACAGACUGGCUGACAAUGACCUUAUCAUAAUCAACACUAGCCCAGCUGGCUGCAGUUCUCUUCAGGUGGACGCUAGAAAAAUGAGUCCCGGCCAAGGCUCAGGGUCAUUGCCAGCCAUCAAUUCCAAUCUCCAAGUGGCCAGCACUCCCUUGGCGCCCAUUGGCGCUCAGAGCAGGGAGGUACCUUUCCAGCCCCUCACCUUCCCAACUUCCCAAACCUCUGCCUGCCCAGGCUCUGACCGUGUUCUGUCCCAUCCCAAGACAUUUGGAAGUCCUGGGGAAUGCUGGUACAUCUUGGCAAUUGCUGAGGAGGGGGCUGGGACCCCUUUCCACCCCAGCCUUGAGCUCCAGGAGAUAACAGCGCCCACACUCAAUCUUAAGACACCCCCCGACCUGGUUGGAAGAGAAUGACCAGUUUCUAGAGAGCCAGACAGAGCGAGCGAGAGAGAGCGAGAGAGCGAUGCUGUUGAAGCGGAGAAACAGUUCAACAGCCCAAAGAUUCCCUGCCCCAGGGGGCAGGCAGGAGACUCCGCGACGAGUGGUCAGGAGUCAGUUUCUACAGCCCCGCCCCCUACAGCUUUCUAGUGGGUGGGGUGGGGGCCGGUGCCGGUUGUCCAAAGUAUUAAUGCAACUGAAGCUGUGGUACUUUCAACGACUGUAGGAGGGAAAAUUAAGGGGAGAGAGGAAUACAAACAAAACCAACCCCCAAGUCAUUUUCUUAUUGUACAUAACGACCUCAUUCUCCUGUAUAUGCGGAAGAUAUAACCUUAUAUUUGGUAAGUGUUUCUUGUGCUAUUUUAUCACGUGACCUGUUUAUAAAAAUAUAUAUUAAAAAAGUUGUAAAAAUACA